CCCAUAAGAAAAUGUUCAAAUAUAGCCUUUUCCGCAUGUACGGUACGUCCGCAAAGCGUGCAAACACAAAGCUAUCAAAAGCGGCUGUUAUCAAACGUUUAAACUAUGAAAAUAAAGCUCUAUUCGGUGCGGUCGUGAAGCCGGUAAAAACGCAAAAGAAAUCCACAUCAACCUGUGAUAAUGAAACGCAACCAAUAAAUGCACCGGCUGUUGAAACAGAGCUCCGAUCCGAGAUUUUCUGGCAAAUGCGCAAUAUUUCACGACCGAAAACCACCACCAAUGAAUUGAUGGAUAGUAUGUACACAGCAGCGGAGCAUUCGGUGAUUCCAUUCACAGAAAAAGAACUGAAACACAUCACCAAGUUCCCGAUUGUUCCGAGUGCGAAAGGUAUCAUCGAAAAGGGUUGGAUACUGCAUGAACAACACGAAAGUGAAAAGUACCGAUCGCCAUCGGUCAAUCGGAUAUUGUCGGCAACUAUGUCGGAUGCAUCAAGGCAGGCGCUACUGCGCUGGAAGAGCACCAAAAUCGCCGAACUGGGUGAAGAAGGUUUUGCACAGCUGCAAAAGGACAUAUUUGCCCGUGGAAGUACAUUGCACACAACGCUAGAAACGUGGCUAUCGGGAACCGAUCCUUCACAGGAAAUGAUUCAAAAGACCGGUGUGCUGUGGAAAAGUAUUCAUGGAGCACUUAAGCAUGUGGAACGACCGGCAAGGAUUAUUGAACAGAAGCUGUACCAUCCCUACCUGCACUAUAACGGUGUAGUAGACUGCAUUACCUCGACUAAGGGCCAAUAUCAUGUCAUCGAAUGGAAAUCAUCGGACAACCCAAAGGCAAACGUUGAGGCCACCUACGACGCGCCGAUACAGUUGUGCGCGUACCUGGGAGCACUACAGGCAAAUAACGAAUUGAGCGAUGCGCGAAUACAACGGGGUGCAAUAUUUGUAGCAUACACUAGCGGAAAACCGGCCAACGUUCACAUACUUUCUGUUGGUGAGAUGCGACGUUAUUGGCAGCUAUGGUUAAACCGCUUGCAGGAAUAUUGGACGCGCUACAGAGAUGGUACCCUACCCGAACCAAUCUAA